AUGGAUCUAAUCAAGUAUGUCUUUGAAAGUCCAUUCAUACCAGGGAGAAUAGCAAAGUGGCAAGUCAUACUUUCACAAUAUGACAUUGUUUAUAUGACGAGGAAGGUGGUAAAAGGAAGUGUGAUAGCUGAUCUCUUAACAGAAAAUCCAACUGAUGAUCAUGAGGCUUUGGAUUUUGAUUUUCUUAAUGAACAUAUUAAUGCAAUAGAUGAAGUGACAAAAGUGAAAGAUGAUGUAUGGCAAAUGUAUUUCGAUGGAGAAGCUAACCUCUCUAGUAAUGGAAUUGGGGCACUACUAGUAUCCCCAGAUGGAAAACAUUUCUCGAUAGUAGUCAAGUUAAUAUUUGAAUGCACUAAUAAUGUUGCUGAAUAUGAAGCCUGUGUGAGUGGCUUACAAGCUGCUAUCGAGAUGAAAGUGAAGAAAUUAGAAGUAUACAGAGAUUCAGCUUUGACAAUCUACCAGGUGAAGGGAAAAUGGCAGACUAAGGAUCCCAAAAUAAUUCCAUAUUAA